UUAUGCUUUACAUUAGGGAACUGUGUUUAGCACACAUCAGGUAAAAACAAGUAACAAAUGAACUGUCACUUUGUAAAUCUCCGUAACGCUUGAGCGAGAACUACUACAACUAGUUUGUAAAUACUGUUCUCAAGGAAUCAUUCAGGAAAGUCUUGCCUCUUAAAGGGAUUGACGAGCCUCCGGCUGAUGGCAGGUUUAUCUACACGUGCAUGUGACGUCACAUUACGCAUAUGUGGGGACAUAAAGGCCUUUUAUGCUGCUGUCUGACACUGUGUCUAUGGGUUUAUUUGGAUGCAGUGCCAGUUGCUGUGGAUAAGACAAAAGUGAGCCCUCCACCAGAGGAACUGGAGUCACCUAAAAGUGUAGACACUGGACUACACUAUGACCGUUAUCUCAGAGAAGUUAUUGAUUUCCUAGAAACGGACCAACAUUUCAAAGAGAAACUUCAUAACACAGACAUGGAAGACAUCAAGAUAGGGAAGCUGGCUAAAGAGUUGGACUUUGUCAGCCAUCACGUGCGCACUAAACUGGAUGAGCUAAAGAGACAGGAGGUGAACCGACUGCGCACCUUAAUCAAAGCCAAACAAGACGUGAAUGGAGAUAAAGGUAUGACAGUGGACCACCAAGCUCUUCUGAAACAGUUUGAGCACCUCAAUAACAUGAAUCCACAUACGUUUGAAGUGGAAGAUUUGGAUCGCCUCAUUAAAUCGGCCACUAAUGACUUGGAGAACUUUGACAAGGAGCAACACGAAGAGUUUAAGAAAUACGAGAUGACGAAGGAGCAUGAGAGGAGGGAACGACUUAAGAUGCUGGAUGAAGAAGCACGUAAGAAAGAAGAGGAACAUUAUGAAGAGAUGAAGCAGAAACAUGCAGACCAUGGCAAAAUCAAUCACCCUGGCAGUCAAGACCAGUUAAAAGAGGUCUGGGCGGAGACUGAUGGUUUAGACCCCAGCGAAUUUGACCCAAAGACAUUUUUUAAUCUUCAUGACACCAAUGGAGAUGGUUACUUUGAUGAGCAAGAGCUUGAGGCACUGUUUACAAAAGAGCUAGAGAAGAUCUAUGAUCCCACACGUGAAGAGGAUGAUAUGCUGGAAAUGGAGGAGGAGAGACUUCGCAUGAGAGAACAUGUGAUGAAUGAGGUUGACACCAAUAGAGACAGGCUUGUUUCAUUAGAAGAAUUUAUGAUUGCCACAAAUAAGAAAGAAUUUCUAGAGCCAGAUGGAUGGGAGACUCUGGAGCAAAAUCCAGCUUACACCGAAGACGAGUUAAGAGAGUUUGAGGAGCAUCUGGCUCGUGAGGAGCAAGAACUCAACCAGAAGACACAUGAUCUACACAUACAGCGAGAGGAGCUGGAGAGACAGCAGGAACAGCUUAACUCUCAGAAAAUGGAGCUACAGCAGGCAGUAGAGCACAUGGAGAGGUUGAAAGCACAGAAAACAGAGCCUCCAGUCCAGGCCAACGUACCAUCCGCUGUGGAGCUAUUACCUGUGGACAGUCAACUCAUACCACAAGGUCAUCAGCAAGACCCGCCUGCACAUUCUUAACCCUUUGAGCUCUUCUCAAUGUUGCGUGCGUGCGUGCGUGUGUGUGUGUGUGUGUGUUUGUACAUAGUGUCACUUAUUUCCCUCUUCAUAUUCAUAAAGUUACUGUCUCUCAGCAAAACAUUACUUGAAAUUAUCAAACAGAAUGUAUUAUUUGUAUUACCAAACAAAAAAGAUGAUUGACCUUAAGUUAUGAUAUGCCUAAUAGAUUGUUAAAGAUACCCACCCUCAAGGCCAGAUAGUUUUGUUUAAUGUUGGUUUUAUUUCUUUUAUCCGUUUUGCACAAAUGUGACGUAUUAUAUAUUAACACUGGAAUUAUAAAAAUGUACUUUUUAUGAUUAGACAUUAUACCAAUGUACCUAAACAACAAGCACAAUUAAUACAAAAUAAUUGAAUGUCCAUCACUAAAAACUAUGUCAAUACUGUGAGUUUUACUCAUGCAAUUGCUCUCAUGUGCGGUCAAUUUAAUGGUUCAAGCUACAUAAAUCUAAUACACAUUUUUGGUCUUUGAUUGGUCAUUUCAUGUAAAUGAUUUGUAUUUCUUUUAAAUGAUUAAAUUAUCUCGGCUUCAA